AAUGCGGAUGUGACAGCAGUGACUGUUUGGGCAUCUAUGUCACUGCACGUUUAUCAAAAUGAUAAGAUUGUAUCCAAUGGAAUCACUGGAUCUAGUGGCAGGGACCUGUCUUUAUCAUUGCGGAUAAAGACAGCUAUUCACCCUUGACAUUGGUACCAUCAAGCAUUGGCAAACAACUAGCCACCAUUCUUGUGGCAUCAUCAGGGGAGGCAUAAUACACACGCAUAAGGAGAGGACUGUUGUUGACGUAGUAAUUACUAGGCCGUAGAAAAAUGGAGAGCGAGAAAAAGAUGGACGAGCAACCGGGUGCGGUAUCGCCCCCUGCGUACGGCGCUUAUUAUGACCAGCCUGCAGGCGGGCCCGAUGGUGGGCCAGUAGCUACGGGAGGGGGAUACCCAGUUUACCCACCAGCUCAGCCGGGUCAGGGUGGGUACCCACCACCACCUCCCGGGGGUUAUCCACCGCAGGGACAGACUGGUCCACCAAACACACAGGGGUACCCACCACAGCAGCCGGGUUACCCACCACAGCAACAGCAUGGAUACCCACCACCCCAGCAACAAGGGGCACCACAUGUUGUGGUGCACCAGCAGCAGCCGGCUACCCAAGUGGUCGUGGUGGGUAACUGCCCGACGUGUCACGCCGGUGUGAUAACAGACAGCUACACGGCGUGCGGAAUCAUUCUCGCCAUUUGUUUAUUCCCGAUCGGGAUUAUCUGUUGUCUUAUGAUGAAGGAGCGGAGAUGCACCAAUUGUAAUGCCACAUUCUAAAUAAGGAAUCUUCGUGUUCUGGUUGGGAUCGGGAAACGUUUGGGUGACUGCGGCCGUCGAUUUCAUCCAACUCUUCCUAACUUAGGAUUCAUCUUAUUGGACGAGUUAGUUACGUAUAAAUGUCCGGAGACGUCAGCCGUCAGACUUCACCAAACUUUUCCUAACUAAAUCUUAUAGGACGAGUUAGUUUUGUAAAUGUUCGAAGACGCAGCCGUCGAUUUCACCAAACUCUUCCUAACUUGGGACUAAGUUAGGACUUAUGACGAGUUCAGUUCCGUAUCCGA